AUGCAGAGCCUGGACGCUGACAGCAACCAGCACGACGCCGAGACGCAUUGCACUGGUGGUGGCCGGGAGAUCACGAUCGAGGUGCUGCUGCACGCCACCAAGCUCAGUGUGGGCAAGAAGGAGCAUCUCUCCCACUACCUCAAGCGGAUCACGCAUCUGGCGUUGAAUGGAGACGCCAGCAAAGCCUUGAUGAAAGGCGGCAGCGACCCUCAUGCCAUUCAUAAGAUCCAGAAUCUGCACCACUGCCCCAACCUGAAGGUGCUUUACCUCUACGACAACGAGAUAGAGACCAUCGAGAACCUCGACGUUGUUCCACAUCUCGCCCACCUGCAUCUUCAAGGCAACUGUCUGCGAAGAAUCGAGAAUCUGGAGUCUUUGAGGCUAUUGGAGAAGUUAUAUCUUGAGAAAAACAGCAUCGUACGGCUCGAAAGGUUGACGGGCUGCUCUCGGCUGCAAGAACUGUACUUGGCGAACCAAAACGUACCAAUUGAUACACAUUUCUCGUUCGAAGAGGACACGAUGCGAAAUUUGGCGUGUUCUUUGCGAAUAUUGGACUUAUCCAGUUGUCGCGUGGCCUCCACUAAACCGCUCACGUUACUUCGCUGUUUGGAGCAACUUGAUCUCUCCAAGAACCUCAUCAGUGACUUGGAAGAGAUUUUUGCGCUGGUUGGUGGGGUCACUUCGCUAGUUGAGCUAGAUCUGCGAGGGAAUGAAGUCACUGCAGCCCCAAAGUAUCGUGAGAAAACCAUCACCUUCUCCUCCGCACGUUUAGCGUUACUGGAUAAGAAGGACAUCGACCCAAAUCAGCGACGGAUGAUGCAGUCUCACCUUGCACACAAGUACAGGAAGCGUCUUGGCCCAAGUUCACGUCGUCAAAGUCCGUCGUCAAGCGAAAGAAAACGAAGCGAUCUGAGCAGCGGGCCAAGCGAAUCGACCAGACCAUUGAAACAUGGUGCGACCGUCCACCAGCUGCGUAGCAUGCAGUUCACGUCGACGCACUCGAAGCUCCAAAGUGACAGCGAUGGUCUGGGGAUUGCAGGUUCGUCGUGCAAUCCUAACAGCACUGCUUUACUGAGAUCCUCCAACAACAAGUACCACUAA